AUGUUACUCUUCUUUUUUCUCUAUUCAUAUUUCAGCAGUAUAUCAGCAUCAUUAAAUCGACCGAUUGAUAUGAUAACAAUAUGUUUUAUAACAUGGAAUGUAGGCGUUGCUGGGAUGUUUUGUAUUCAUUGGAAAGGUCCUUUACGUGUUCAACAAGCUUAUUUAAUUUUUAUGUCGGCUCUUUUGGCACUUGUUUUCUAUAAAUUUUUACCUGAUUGGACAGGUUGGCUUAUUCUUGGUGUUAUAUCAAUAUGGGAUCUUUUUGCUGUUCUGUGUCCAAGAGGUCCAUUACGCAUUUUAGUUGAAACAGCACAUGAACGUGGUGAACAAAUAUUUCCAGCAUUAAUUUAUUCAUCUACAAUGGUUUAUAUGGUUACAGCAGUUGAUCCUCCAAGUGAACCUCAAUUUGCACCGGAUAAUGUUAAUACAAAUACGGCUGUUAAUGUUGAUGAAAUAUUAACCGAAGAACAACGAAAUGAACGUGCUGAAGUAAGAAAUAAUAAUGCUCGACGACAACUUAUUCCUCGAUCUGAUGUACCACAAACGGAAGGACGACGUGAACCAGCUCGAUAUGUUGUUGAACGAUCAAAUUCGCCUGUACUCGAUGAUGAUGAUGAUGAAAAAGGCGUUAAACUUGGUUUAGGUGAUUUUAUAUUCUAUUCAAUUUUAUUAGCAAAAGCGUCAGCACUCGGCGAUUGGAAUGUAACAGUAGCAUGUUAUCUUUCAUUAUUAAUUGGUCUAUGUUUAACAUUACUUUUAUUGGCUAUUAUUCGUAAAGCAUUACCAGCUUUACCUAUAUCGAUUACAUUUGCUCUUAUAUUAUAUUUUUCAACUGUUUAUAUAAUUGGUCCAUUUAGUGCUGAAUUAAAUCUUGGACAAGUGUUUAUUUGA